AAAAGUUGUGACGCGUCGCAAGCGUAGGAGUCCGGGAUGUAUUUUACUGAAAGUAAGGAAUUAUCUGGGUUUUUGUGAUCUUUUACAAUCGCUUUUAAACCUUAAUACCGUCUAAAACUGUCACAUAUGACAACAAGUACGCGUGUUUUCCGUCUUUCCGUUCUUAGGGAGACACAUUUAUUUGCGUUUAGAUUUUGGGUGAGAAAAAGAGCCUAAAAACUACUGAAUUUCGGAAAACAUGGAGACAAGAAGGGAAGGACCCGACUAAACCAAAGUUUCCAAACAAAUCAUCCCACAAAAGAGGGAAACCGUUCGCUGGAGGAAAAUAACGUGUUGCUCAAGAUAGGAUUUAUUUUAUUGCUGCUUUGAAACGACGCUUUUAUUCGCAACGGAAUUCCCGAAUUGGGAACUAUACGGCUUGCUGUCCCAAACAUCAAAGGAUCUUAAAGUUUUAUGCGAGCUUUAGUGGGAAUGUGGCAUUUUUGGAAGCUGGACUGGGCGAAGAAAUAACAAUGAAAAGAUGGACCUUGUGAAUGUUUUAAACAUUCAGUGGAUUGAAUUUUCACAGUUUUCCACUGACUGGAGUGGCCAGGAGACAUUAUUUAGGAGAAAAACUCCAUUCAGCGUGUAGGCGGCCUUAAAGUAUAUAGUGUACCGUCUUAUUGAAGUGUUUAUUUACCGAAGUGGUUUUUGGUACGUUUUUAACAGACCCGAAAAUGCCGCGUAUGGGAGUAGAAUUAGUUUAGGAAUGCCGAAUUGGAAGUAUUUCAGUGGGGGAAUAAUAGACAACCGGGACGUGCAAAGUAACAUUUGGGACACAUCCGCGAUAUAUUCAAAGAGCGUUUGGACCAUCUUGAAAUGCAACCGGACGAACUGUUUCAUUCCUAAAGCGACAUAUUAAUACUAUUUUGUGUCGCUGGCUUUACUUCGCGCUUUGGUUGGGAUUUACAAAGCGACUGCAAGCGGACAGAGGCGAGGGGAAGCCUGACGGUCUCUGUGGUGGCAUUUUGACUGGGAAGAUGAUGAAGCGUUUUACUGCAAGCUACUGACAGACAGAAAGAGUUAUUCUGCAUCGAUCAUCUAUGUGCAAUAAGGCCAGACGAAAGACUUCUGCAUGUGUGUUUGCAUUCAACGUCGAUUUACUACCGUUUGCCGUCUCCCUGUAGAACUGCAGUCAAAUGACACAGACCGACAGAUAAACCGUGGAAAUAUAAAACAUAAACUUGUUUGUUUCUAUCGUGAUAUUCAAGAGAAGAAGACAUUCCUGUAAACAUAAAGAAGAACUUUCAAAGUGCUAACGUUAUUUUUAAGCACAACGGUGUUUUAAUAUGGUAAGAUGCUAACUGGAUAAGAGCUGAAGAAAAUCAAGAAAGGAAAGCCCAAUGAGCGGCACACAGUACACGCUUGCUGAGAGGUUUCCCAAAAAAGCGAGCAGGACAGGAAGUAUUCUCAGUAAGGACCAUCCCCCUGACAAAAAGCCUAAGAGCGACAAUGCAUCAGUCCCCCCCUCGCAUGAAUUUGACCCCACAGGGCUUGUGCAGCGUUGUGUUAUCAUCCAGAAAGAUGAGAAUGGCUUUGGGCUGACAGUGAGUGGUGAUAACCCUGUGUUUGUUCAGCUUGUGAAAGAGGAUGGAGCUGCCAUGCAUGCUGGUGUUCAGACUGGUGACCGGAUCAUAAAGGUCAAUGGGACGUUAGUAACCCAUUCGAAUCAUGGUGAAGUUGUAAAGCUUAUAAAAUCGGGCUCCUAUGUGGCCCUGACUGUGCUGGGGAGACCGCCAGGGCUGCCUCAAAUCCCCCUGUCGGAUGGUGAGGGGGAGGACGGGUCUCUCUCCUUGUUCACCUCUCCUCACUCCCCAGGGCCCAUUGGCCCAGACCGGUCCUCCUCUUCCCCAAGCCCCUCCGAGCGCAAACUCGUCCCUCAACCUGUAUGGGCCAUGACGGAGGAUUACAGCAGGAACCCUACAACUAAACUACUGAAGGAAAUCCAGGAAGCCAAGAAGCACAUUCCACAGUUCCAGGAUCAGCUGAACAAGGCCGCUGGACAGGAUGGCUCUUUAUCUCCAAGGCCAUCUGAAGGAGAGGUAGAGGAUGGAGGUGGAGAUUUGAAUCGCCCCCCUUCCUGGCAGGCCGAUGUUGGAAUGGAGUCAACCUGGACUAACAGCACAAUGACCCCCGUCACUCCUAGUUCUGUCCCAGAGAUCCCAUGCCAAAGAGAGACCCCCUGCAACAGCCCAAAGACCACACCACGAGACAGCCUCAACUCCUGCCCUUCACCGGAUGCUGUAGACACGACUGACUUAGACUCUCAGUCGAAUGUAGGGAGCCCCUCCCACCGUCUGCCCCCUCAGAUCAUCGGUGCUGAGGAUGAUGACUUUGACACAGAGCAUGAACAGAUGAAUGGCCAGUGUAGCUGUUUUCACAGUAUAGAGCUGCUAAAGUCUCGGCCUGCUCACCUGGCAGCUUUCAUUCAUCAUGUGGUCUCUCAGUUUGAUCCUGCACCGCUGUUGUGCUACCUCCACGCUGAACUUUACAAACAGAGCAACUCCAAAGAGACACGACGCAUCCUCAUGGAGACAUUCCUUAUAGACAAAACCGCUAGUUUGAAAGUGACAGUUCCUGAAUCCAUCAUAGCAGACCUAGAGCGGACCGCCCACUUAAAUAACACCGAACGAAAGAAACAGGAGGCCAUCUCAGAGGACAUCCACAGGCAGUACAUCCAACAGCUGCAGGACUCGCUUCUACCUGACAUCCAGAAAAAUCUUGAAGACUUCAGGCACAAGCGUAGUAUGGGUCUAACGCUGGCCGAAGCAGAGCUGACCCGACUAGACACUGAGAGAAUGAGAGACCGGGUGGCUCUUGAGAAAGAGCGAUCCUGUGCAGAACACAUCAUCUCCAUGAUAGAGCAAGUUCUGUUGACACCGCAGGCCACGGAGGAAGAAAAGUGUAGCACAAUUCAGUUUGUGAUACUGUCGUAUAUGAAGCAGUUGGGUGUAAAAGUGAAGAGCUGGAAUGAGUUGCGAGGGCUGGAGCAUAAGCCUAAGCUUAUAAACCUUUUCCCUAAGAUAAAGAAGAGCAUAAAAGCGGAGAAAGACGGAAUCGAGAAAAAACAGCGAAAAACAUUUCUUCCGAGACGGCCGAGCAGGACAGACGCUUUCUUAUCGAGCAGGUGUUCAGAGCCAAAGAAGCCUCUGCUGCCGUUCGGUGUGGGGGAACAGGCAGAUGCAUCGUCCCCUCCUGUCCGGGGGAAUCAGUCAAGCGAUGGUUCAGAUGGCGCCUUACCCUCGGUCAUGUCACCUCCUUACAGUGCCUCAGCGGCACAGGGAACAGACAGCAUCAGUCGAGAGUCUGAGAGCGGUGCGGUUCCUUCUUCAGCACUGCCCAGACUGGGAGACGGCACGAACGCAGGAGACGUGCAAGACUCGACCACUCACUUUGACUUCAGCCCCUGUACGCUAGAACAUCUACAAGAGGAGGAGCCUGAGAUAUACAAAAUGCAGGACGCUGGCACCCCCAGGCCUGACAGGAGAAGAAUGGAGCUGCUGAGCACUGGAGAUGUACCGAGUGAAGACGAUCAAGGUGCUGAGGUGGAGCUGGAGUGUCCAAACUGGCAGACGCUGGUGAGCAGAGACGUUCUGUCCACACUCACCCAUCAGGAAAUCAAGAGACAGGAGGUCAUCAACGAGUUGUUCUAUACGGAGAGAGCACAUGUCAGGAUGCUGAAGGUUCUGGAUAACGUGUUUUAUCAGCCGCUGACCAGAGAGGCCAUUCUGCCACCAGCAGACAUCAAAACCAUCUUUACCAAUCUAGAAGAGAUCGUUCAGCUGCACGUGUCCUUAACAGAACAAAUGGCAGCUGUUCGAAAGAAGAACGAGGCAGCGGUUGUUGAUUCGAUAGGAGAUGAACUGCUGUCCUGGUUCAGUGGGGAGGAGGAGGAGAAGAUCAAGAGAGCAGCAGGCAUGUACUGUAGUAACCAACCUUUCGCCCUGGAGCUCAUAAAGAGCAAACAGAAGAAAGACCAGCGCUUCAACUCCUUCAUACAGGAGGCCGAGAGUAACCGGCAUUGCCGCAGGCUUCAGUUAAAGGACAUUAUUCCUGUGGAGACGCAGAGACUCACAAAGUAUCCGCUUCUGCUGGAGAACAUCGCCAAAUACACAGAGGACCUUGAAGAAAGAAGUAAAGUGAAGCAGGCUGGAGAAUGCUGUCGAAAGAUUCUCAGUCAUGUCAACCAGGAGGUGAAGGAAGCAGAGAACAAGCAGAGGUUGGAGGACUACCAGAGACGACUGGACCUGUCCUCCCUGAAGCAGAGCGAGAACCCCAUGAUCGCCGAGUUCAAGAAUUUGGACUUGACAAAGAGAAAGAUGGUGCAUGAAGGGCCUCUAUCCUGGAAAGUCAACAAAGACAAAACUAUCGAGCUGUACACACUGCUGCUGGAGGAUAUCUUGGUGCUACUUCAAAGACAAGAUGAGAAGCUGAUCUUAAAGUGCCACAGUAAGAAUCUUGCAGGCACGGCGGAGACCAAACACAUCUUCAGCCCCAUCAUCAAACUCAACACUGUAAUGGUGCGCUCCGUCGCCACCGAUAAUAGGUCGUUCUUUGUGCUGUCUAUGUCUGAUAAUGGAGCUCAGAUCUACGAGCUGAUGGCCCAGACCGUAUCUGAGCAGAGGACGUGGCAGUGUCUAAUCACACAAAGAGCCGAUUGCAUGAAGACCAAACUACUCAACAUCAUUCCAUUACCUCAGACUGAUGGGGAACGUGAAGAAGUUGAGUUAAUAAACUCUAGCGUUCAGAAACUCAACAAAGACUCGGAGUCUGUUUCAUUGGGGAGUGUUCAGCCUCAAGAAAAAGACAACACAGAGGUCAUGCAAACCCCACCAGCAAGCACCAACCCAUUCGAGACCAAAUCCGAUGAGGAGGAGGAGGAGGAAGAAAACACAUUGCAAGAACAGGGUGAAGAUGAUGAGGCAUUCGUGGUGGCUGAUCUGACAGACAGACUGACUUUGCUGAAGCAGCGCUGUAGGCUGGGCAUCGCCAUAGAUGAGGACGAGGCCGAGGCCUUUGAUCUUCAGCCCCUCAGAGCCGACGAAGCUCUCAGAACACUGGCGGCACUCAGACAGCUGCUGAUCAAACACAUCUCCAGUCAGGGGGACACAGAGAGACGAGAGAUACAGGAACAUGAGCGGAGGACGGACUCUCAGAAGAGGCCUGAGGACAGCGCUGCGGUCGAGAACGGCUCGGAGAAGCCAGAGAGAGACAAAACCAGAAGACAGAAACCUCCAGAACUGCCAUCUGCAGAUACAAGCUUCUUUGAGACGUCUGAGGAUUGCAACAGUUACAUGGUGCUUGAGGGUUAUGGCGGUUCAGGUGAAAGCGGCACAGAAGAUGAUGUGCAGGGGAGCAUCGGGGAGCCAGUGGCUGGGGGAGACUCGGGCAUCGACUUGAAGAAGCUCCUCUCUUCUUCAUCCCAGAGCAGCGGAGGACCAAACAUCAACCGACAGAUCAUGACUCACUUACGUCUACUGCAGGCCAACCUGCAGCAUCUGAAGGAAAUAGAAAUCAAGUAUAACCAAGUACGCCAAAGGAUAUCAGAGGAAGCAGCUACUGAAACAGAAGAAAACAAAGAUAAAAGUUAGUGGAUUGGAGCUUUCUUCUGUUUAUCGAGACUGUAAGGAGAUAUAGAGACACUGGUUGGGCUGUACCGUAGUCCUCAUGCUCUAAUGCUGCAGAGACGGACAGAAUGGACAAAGGGUCUGGAGUAUCCAUUCACACACAACACAGGACGGCUAAAAUCACUCUCCAACUAUCUGUCCAUCUGCAUGCGAGACGUUUUCGUGGUACUUGAAAGAUUGCCAUGUACAGAAGUUUCAUCGCCUUUCACUCAACCCUGUUAACCAGCGGUAGAAUUUUUGAAGAUUCAUUCAGAGAGCCUUGAUUCUCUGCACAAUGCUGUUCUAAAAUAUGGAAGAUUGUAUGGAAAAGGAAACUAAAGCAUGGAUUGAGAUGGGAUUAGAGUAAAUAUUUGCGAAUGGAAAAUCAACAUUAAAGUCGUUUAAUUAAGGUAUUAUCUGUAAGCUCGGUGAUAGAAUUUUACAUAUACGGAAUGUUUCAAAAGGGUAUGUGGUGUUAAAACUAUUGACAUCAACAGUGAGUGGCGUUGAAACUUUCAGGAUAAAUUCCACGACAUGCUGACUUAAUCAUGAGCUUUCUUAAAAUCAGAUGUUUCUUAGGGAAGCACCAAAAGGCUUGGCUGAAACGUGUCAUUUUACUAUUGAAUAUGACAGUGAGUUAAUGCGUUUUGAAGAUGAAGGCACAUGACAUGGCCGUAACGCUAGUAUAUAGUAUGGUGACAUCAUCAUCAUAAUGGAUGAGGAUGGGCUGAUGAUCGUGGUCUCUUUCCUCAUUCUUUGUCGCUUAUCUCUAUUUAAUGAAGCUACUGAAAAUGUUUCUCUGGCUUUGGCCUGAAAACCAGACAUGUUGUAACGUCGUUGGGUUGGGCUCACGCCAUCCCUGUUUGGCGGCUUGCACCAACCAGUCUUAUCAGAUUUUCUUGGUUUUGAGAAUGAAGUUGAAUAGAAGUCGCUUCUUCGCAGGAACUUGAUCAAGACCCUCGAUGGUCUAUUUUAAAUGUAAUGUAUUGUAUUAUGACCAACACUGCAUCUCUUUAGAGAGACCCAUUUUUUCAUAAUUGCUUUCGGAGGCGUUCAUGUAUUAUUAUUUUAACAGAAACUACUAAAAAACGAAAAAAGACUGCAAGGUAUUCUUUAAUAUUAAUGUAAUCUGUAUUUUUAUUAUUCUGUCUAGACGUUUGAGGUAUUUUAUUAUAUUAUUGAGCAUUAUUAAUAUGGUCUUGGCUUUCCGUUGAGAACAUGAAUAGCUCUAAUAGACAAGAUUAUAUUACAUUUUACUGAAAUGAUGUAUUGUUAAAAAUGGAAAGAUGAUAUUGCACAUUGUGUCUUCAAUUUUAUCACAUUUACCUUUUGAGGAUUGUGGGGAGGAGGAUUUGUUUCGAAUUAUGACCAAAAAGGAAAAUACACAAGUUCAUCUGUAGCAAAUUUAUUCAAUAAACUGGAAACACAA